AUGGCAGCUGACCAGAGAAAAGAACCAGGCGUUGUGAUUAAAGACGGCUGGGCAGGUUACAGUUUGGAGCUGUUUAAUUAUCCUGAGCAUUACCGGGGUGAUCUGGAGUGUGUGUACAUCCCUCAUGGAGUCAUUAUGAACAGGAUCGAGUGUCUGGCCAGAGAUAUCCUUGAAGACAUCGGACAUCAUGAUCUGAUGGUUCUGUGUGUUCUGAAGGGAGGAUACAAGUUCUGUUCUGACCUGGUGGAGUCGAUUAAAGCUCAGAGCCACAGCGCCAACAGAAGACUGACCACCAGAGUAGAGUUCAUCCGCUUCAAGAGCUAUCAGAAUGACCAUUCCACUGAAGAUAUGCACAUUAUUGGACCAGAUGACCUCUCCAUGCUGAAAGGGAAGAAUGUCUUGAUUGUGGAGGCAAUAGUGGACACAGGAAAGACCAUGAGAGCCCUUCUACAGCACGUGGAGACUUUCCAGCCCAAAAUGGUUAAAGCUGCAGGGCUGCUGGUGAAGAGGGUUCCUCACGGGACGGCGGAGCUCCCAGACUAUGUUGGAUUUGUCGUUCCUAAUCGUUUUGUGGUGGGUUACGCUCUGGACUACAACGAGUACUUCAGAGACCUCAAUGAAGGAGUUAGCUGAAAUGAAGAUUUAUAUACAGCAGUAUUUUAUUUAAAUCAAGAAGAUAAUUCAAGAUGAAAACAGCAACC